AUGGAACCACUCACGCUAAGACCGCGAACUCCCGUCGAGAAUGAGGACGUCGAGGACUGGGGCGACGACUUUGACAACCUAGAGGAUGUACACUUUCGCACUGCCUCGACAACAACCUCAGUUGUUUCAGUUCCUCAUACCAAUCACCGCGAUUCUGUUUCCUCUCGUUUGUCGAUGCGAUCCGAAUCAAACAACGGAGAUGAAAAUUGGGACGUUUUGGUCGACGAGCAAGCUUCAAUAAAAGAUGCAAUAGCCCUGGCAAAGAGCAAAGGAAUACCGUUACCAGCAAAUGUGCCGCGCUCUGCCCUGGAAGGUGGCACCAUAAGACGGCUGAAAGGCAAAGAAAUCAAGAAAGCAUUUGCGGAUGACUGGUCAGAAGAUUUGGAUCUACCUGGAGCAGACAUGCCUCUGAAGCUUGCAAAACCCGAUGAUCGAGAAUUGUCAGACAGUCUCCGCCAAAUCAGUGCAGCAUUCAGAACUUCUCCCAAGAGCCCGGAGACUACGGAUGUUUUCGAUAAGACGAUCCGAUCACCGAAGUCUCGGACCGCACCGACCCCAAUCACUCUCGACGCCUUUCGUGACAGUGAAGAUGAUGCAGGCUUUGCAGAUGUUGGCACAAUAAAGGUCGCGAAGCAGAGGUCGCCACAGAAGCCUUUGUUGUUUCAACAGCCCCCAACGCCAACGCCAGUGAAGCCGGACAUUGAAGGCCUGGAGGAAGACAUUGAGUUCCCAGCUGACGGGCAGCUGAAACUGUCAACCAGGAAACCUGCACCUCAAACACCACAGCAGGGCGAAGAUUUCGAUCUGGAAUGGGCUGAGGGCAGCCUAGGCACCAGGCACGCUGGCACUAAAAGGGGAGGCCGAUCGGCGCGCAGCUCUUCUGCCUCUGCCCUCAGCCCAAGUGUUUCGAGUGCUUUCACCGCCGAGAGCGAGGAUGAAGGACUUGACGGGUUGAUUCUGCCUGAUGGGCCGAUCAAAUUUGACGACAAGCUCAAGCAACGACAACAAGAGCAGUCCCCGGAGCCGGUACCGGGAAGCAUUGUAGAAGAAAAGCCAAAUCUCAGAAGUGCUUCUGGCAAGGAUGACUUCUUCUCUGGUCUUGAAAUUGGCGAUGGAGACGUGUUCGAUACCGCGAAGUUGACGUUAAACCGAAACGUCAAACACAAAACCACACGGCCAGCCAGUCCGACCAAGAGGACAACCACUACACUCAACUUCACGAGUAACAAGAGCCAAGGAACGAUCUCACGAUUGCCCAGAUUCCAACCUGCACACGACCGACAUGAGCGUGCCCGGUCACAUCUGGAACCUGUCUCGGAAACUGGCGCACCUAUAUCGGCAUAUCAGCGACCAAACUCGCGCAUUGGGAACAACUCCAACCACUUGUCUGCUUCAGCCAUUCCCACACCCUCGACCCCCUCCACUCCAUCAACUCCUAGCAGACGCCUUCUGCGUGGCGCCGAAUCCAGACCCGACCUGCGCCAUGAAAAACCACCGACCACGACUAAUGCGCAACUCUUGCGUGCAAAGAGAUCCAUGCCAGCCAUGCGUAAUCUGAAUUCUCCCACCAAGCCAGCGCCCUACGUCAGACCUCCCUCAAGGCAAGAAUUGGGAAGCCGUCUCAACAUACCAUCACGUCCUAAGACGCCAACUGACCGUGCUGAGUCUGGUAUGGGAGAUGCUAGGAAAAGCGCAAUACCUUUCCUACCUGCUGGAGCCUCCGCUGGGCAGUCCCAGCACAUCAGCAUCAAGUCGACGGCCACUCGCCACUACCGAGGACAAGGAUCUGACGGCUCAGGGGAGAGUAUGUCUGCAGCUCAGAGGUCUUUGUCUCGGCUGGCAGGUUUGGGGAGGCCAGAGACCCCUGGUCGUGGUCGCAGUAAUCUGACUCCCGCCGAGCUGGCUGCUCAGGCCAAAAAGACAAUCACGAAACCAGCUAGGCGCCGGAAUUAUGGUGAUGGGUCUGAAUUGGAGAUCUUCGAUGACCUGCCGACAUCUGCGACCAUUGAAUCGAAGUUCACCAAGACUCCAGUCGGUCGCGGUGCGCCACGAAGCCUAAGGAGCAAGCUCGGUCUCUCUCACCUGAAUCCUUCUUCAUCUUCACUUGCCAGCACUCGACGUGGGAGUGACACUCCUGUGCCCGCAACGCCUCUCUCACCUCUCAAGUUUGAUUUCCCCACGACAGCUGUGAACACGACCAAUGUCCCUCGCUUUGCGCGCGAUACGGCAGCCUCUAGGAUCGCUCGAGAACAGCGACAGAUCUCCACGACGUUCCAAAACAUGCGUGGCGAACCAUUGCAGCCGAUCUCAACUAACUGGAAGCCGAUGGCCACGCCACGGAACCCUCAGGGCGGUCUGAGGAAGAAAAAGAUCGACAAAGUCCAACAGAAGCCACACCUCAUCAAACCAAUGGGCGGCGACGUUAACAGGCCGAAAUCGGAGAAGGGAAUGCAAUACAACCCACUGCUUUUUAGAUGGGAAGGCAACGAGAACGCUCUGGCUCCGUUCGAUGUUCCAGACUUCCACCCCAGAGUCGGCAGUCCUGUUGGUCAUGGUCAUGCAAGUCCAGGAACCAAAGCGAACCUGGCACUCAUUUCUAACGUUGGCUCCAGCAUCACUGGGGUGCAGGUUGUGGGCGGAAUGGUCUUUGACCCAUCUCAGAUGCGAUGGCUCAAGAUCGCGGAAAACGCAGACGGAACGGCGCCCAAUCUUCGUGCUGGAAGCGUACAGAUCGAGGAGGAGGAAGAUGUCUUCGCCGGCCUGGAAGAUCUCAAAGAAGAAGAUGAGAUCAAAAGUCGAAGCGGCACUCUGCAGAACGCUUCAGGCUUUGGACACUCAAGAGAUUCGUUUGGUGACGGUGAGGCAGGUCACAGCAGUGGCGAUGAAUGGGGAGUCAGCGAGGAGUUUGACGUUGGACCCGAGUUCAUCAGAAGACAGCGCAACGAAGAAGAAAGGUGGCGCCGGAAAGUGGAGAAAUGGUUGAGACGAGGCCCGGAGCUGGAAGAGGAAGAAGGUCGAGACGGGCGAGGCGGCUGGAGAUGGGCAAUUCGAGAUCUCGUCAUGGCUCAAGGCGAGGCUCAGGCAGACUCCUGGAGCUAA